CAUCCUUUUAUUUGCCAACAUGCCUAGUGCGACCGCUGGUUUCGAUGGCCGCAAUGCAUCAGCUCUCUGCUCCCUCGAUGAAUUCCUCAAACAAGAGUACGACUACCUCGUCGUUGGCGGUGGCACCGCAGGACUCUGCGUCGCCGCCCGUCUAACAGAGAAUCCAGACGUGACCGUCGGCGUGCUCGAAGCAGGCGCAAAUCGCAUGGAUGACCCUCAAGUCUACACGCCAAGUCUUUACCCUACCUUGAUUGGACGCGAGAAGUAUGACUGGUGCUAUGAGAGUGUGCCGCAGGCUGGGUGUGGAGGUAAAACAAUGUCGCAACCUAGAGGAAAGGUGUUGGGUGGUUCUAGUGCGAUCAACUAUCUCAUGUAUUCUUUGGGUAAUGAAGGCUGGGGCUGGGAAGGACUGGCUCCCUACUUCAAGAAGAGCCAGACAUAUGAUCCGCCACCGAAAGAACACCCGAACAAGCAGUUCAUGCCGAUUGCAGCAAGAGAUGAGUACCAUGGCACCAACGGACCGAUUCACACAUCUUUCAACGAUUACUGGGAGGUAAGGCUCCAACACGAGAAUAUUCAUGACUGGGAUCAGCGACUCACAACGAACAGCNCAUUCGAAGAAGACUUCUGCAAGGCCGCCUAUGAAGUCGGUGGGGAAGAAAGUUCCCUGGUCGAUGCAUGUUCUCUUGCGGCUGUCGAUCGAACCAGCGAUAAAGGUAGACGAAGCUAUGCUGCUACAGGAUACCUGCGACCAAAUCUUUCUCGCCCGAAUCUCAAGGUCUUGACUGAAGCAAUGGCAACUAGAGUCUUACUUGACGGUAUUACUGUGACAGGUGUUGAGUUCUCGCAUGGCGGCCAGAAACACACCGUCAAUGCAAGCAGAGAAAUCAUCUUGUCUGGCGGUACGGUCAACAGCCCGCAACUUCUUGAGCUCUCUGGUAUCGGCGAUCCUGAAGUGUUGAAGGCAGCUGGAGUAAAAUGCCUCAUCGAGAAUAAGCGUGUGGGAUGCAACUUCCAAGACCAUGUCCUUGGUGGCAUGAUGUACGAUUUGAAGGACGGCUUGAAGUCUCUAGACUCACUCCACGACUCGGAAUAUCAGAAGGCCAUGGAGAAAGUCUACGAAGAGACUGGUGAAGGACCCUAUGGGAGCCCUGGCAUGCUAAUGGGCUUCGUAUCAUACGCUUCUCUGGUCAGCAAAGAAGUGUUAGACGACACCAUUGCCGAGAUUCGCAAGAACUCGCAUGCGAAGACGGACUUCGAAAAGCGUCAGGAAGGGACCAUAAUUUCGCAGCUGAGCGACCCGAAUCAAGUCAAAUUCUUCAGCACACCCCCUGAAGGCAAAACCCGCAUCUCCCUUCUCGUUUGCCUGGAACACCCGCUAUCGCGCGGAAGCAUCCAUAUCACCUCUUCCGAUCCAACACAACACCCUCGCAUCGACCCAGGCUACCUCAAGAACGGCGCUGAUGCCAAGAUCCUCGCCGAGGGCAUCAAAUGGAUGGACAAAGUCGCCAACCAACCCGUUAUCAAAAAGUCGCUCGGCGAUCGUAUUCUUCCACCUCAAGGUGCGAGUAUCGAGACCGAGGAAGACAGGGUCGAGUAUGUGAGAAACCAUAUCUCGACGCAGUAUCAUUUGAUUGGCACCUGCACUAUGGGCGAGGUUGUGGAUGAUAAACUGAAGGUCAAGGGUGUUGAGAAUCUGCGUGUCAUUGAUGCGUCAGUUUUCCCGACGCAUGUAUCGGGCAAUAUCAUGGCUAGUGCCUAUGCGGUUGGAGAGAAGGGUGCUGAUUUGGUCAAAGCGGAUGAUGGAAGGUUCUUGAUGAAGGUUGAUUCGAAGGUCGACUCGAAGGCA